UCUAAAUUUGCCCCUCUGUGUUUUUGUAAUCACCUCUCGGUACCAGAUUUCUCACCCUCACGCUGUGGUGGUCUGUUUACACAAGUGGGGAAGCAUUCACAACAAAAUGCUCUGUAGUACUGGCAGAUGGACUCAUCAUCUCUGCAACUUGUGUUGCUAAGACAACGCCCUGGUUCACGCCCCGCAGCGCCGCCACGCCACGCCCCCGUCACGCCUCCUUCUGCGGCUCGGCGUUAUAUAAACCCCCGGUCUCCGUCUUCAACUUCAUUCAUUUCGCUCAACGCUUGUUUCGACACCUCGGGCCGAAGACUCGACUCUUUCAAAUCACUCUUUUGGACUACCGAACCAAGACAGAAGGAUGAAAUCUGCUUGUCUCGUGUCUACCCAGACGCAUUUCUCCGGAGCUCCGGUUUUUAGGUCAGCUCGGAUGGAGCAGCAGUCACCGGUCAGCAGCAGGCCUGUCCUGUGGAGACCCUGGCUCGUGACCGAUCAGGACCCGCGUACUGUGAGCUGGAGGAGCAAGCUCAUCUGCCCUUAUUCCCGACCAACGGUGCCAAGCAACACCAUGGCAGAUGGCAAAACUCAGCCUUUCCAGCACCCUGUCAGACUGUUCUGGCCGAAAUCCAAGUCAUAUGACUACCUCUACAGCGAUGGUGAAGCACUGCUGAGAAAUUUCCCAGUCCAGGCAACCAUCUGCUUCUAUGACGAGUCCGACAGCGAGGAUGAGGAGGACGAACAGGACGACUGGGAAGACGAUGACGACGAUGACGACAAAGAGUGCCUCAAACCUCAGAGCCGUUCUUGCAGCUAUAACUGAAUCGUGCUUAAACUUCUGAAACAAAUACACACGAACAUCGGACAUUCUGUCAGGACUGUCUAGUCACUGAGAAGACAUCCCAACUAACUACAGCCUGCAUAGUUCUAAAUAUUAUCACAAAACACCUUUUCCUAAAGGACAAGAAAACAUCUUCAGAACUGGACGGUUUUCCGAACUGUAAUUUCCACUGGGAAAUGUAUAACGGCAAGCAAAUGAUCCCACAUUGGGAUGAAUGUUUCCGAGAUGACUCAGGGUCUCUGCUUUUUGUAUGCAAGAUUCCUCAACCUGUAUUCUAUUAUUUUAUUUCCUUGUCCCUAAUUUAUGUUGUGUAUAUAUCUACAGCUAAAUUUAUAUUUAUGUCCUAUUUUUCUACUUUUGUGUAUAUUACACAAUAAACCUAUAUUUUAAAAAAAGAAUGAAAGUGACUUUUUUUUUUUUUUUU